CAUUCGAGAUAAUAACUAAAGGUGAAUGAAUUUGAAGUGCUGGAAACAUUUUAUAAAAUAAUGUUACAGAAUGAAAAGGGAAGCAGUGCAAAAAUCUCUCAUUAACGUUUAAAAGUUGUAUGUGAAUGUUGAAAGAUUUUUUGUUUUGUUCAAGUUUAUAAACGGCUAUCACCAUCGCCACCUCCGUGGCUAUGGCUAUUUGUUCGUACGCCCAUAAAGGAUAAGAAAGCGCCAGACUGCCCUCCUAGAUUCUGUACCCAGAAAGGGUGACCCAAUUGCCCAGCCAUUAAAGGGCGUCCCGCUUAUACGAAUGGGACUCUAACACCAAGCAUGUGUGCAGUCUCUCUCCCUGUUAAUUUCCUCUUCUUGAUGUUUUCUCCCUCUUUCUUUCCUGUCCUUUAUUAACCUUUUCCUUCUACAUUUGUUGACCUGGCUCUCACUCUCUCUCCCUCCCUAUCACUCACACGAUCUCUGGAUCUUCGUUGCUUCCUUCCUGACCGUAGGAUACACUCUCUCGCUUUCCCCUCCUUUUCAUUAUCCAUUUUUCCUUCGCCACACAGUCGCCAUUUCUCCUUUUGCCAUAACACUUUUUCUCCUUUAGCGGAGAACACUCCCUUGCUCUCUGCUAUCCCAAUCUCCCUCUCCCCCUCCUCAUUCAUUGCACACUCGCCCAUGAUGUGACUCCUACGAUAUACCUUAUUCCUUUCUAAGGCCUUCGAGGAUCGCUGUGAUGUUGAAUGUCCUCAGGAGAGGCGUAUGGUGGGCGUGGCCUAACAAAUGGACGUGAUCAUUGCCCGGCUAGCAAAGUUGACUUAUCAUGUCUACACAAGUUCAGCAACCGGAAAAGCAUCGGAAAAAGUGUCGUCCAAAAGAUGAUCAAGGCCAAAGGGCACGAUCAAAGCAAGAACAGACUGAACUGGAACAUAAACAUCUACAACUCGAAGAGAAACAACCACUGCAUUAUGAACUAGGGGAUCAGAAUGAACAGCAUGAACAAGAAGACGGAGAGCAUGACCUUGACCAUCAACAACAUGGUGAACAAAAUGGCAAAGAACAUGGAUGCGAAAAUCGACAGGAGCUUUUCGCCCACGAGCAGCAACAACAGCACAAUGAAGAGCAUCAGCACCAACGUCAUGAACUAAAAUCUAAAGCAAAUAAGAAGCAUCGAAAAGAAAAGAAAGGACAGAAAGUUUGUCAGAAGCAACAUCAGCAAAAAGAUCGAGACCAGCAGCAGCAGGAGACGAAUAAGGAAGAAAACCAACAGCAGUAUCUACUACAGCAGUUAAAUCAAGACCCAACUGAAAGCAACGUUCAUCAUGAACCACACCAGCAAAUGUACUCUGUCAUACAGCUGGUAUCUCUUUGCUGCAAUCUUUACAGUCGGCUGAAGUCAGAGCUCUCGUUCCUGAGGCGACGAGGUGCCAUCAGAACAGACGAUGAAGAAAGUUUUGGUGACCGGGCGUGUGGGCGCUGCAGGGUGGAAUUGGGGUUUAUCAUUAACAGAGGUGCACCUUGUCGAGCUUGCCGGCAGAAGGUGUGCAAACAGUGUCGAGAGUAUAGCGUCAAUGGCCGCGACUGGGUGUGUCUAGUCUGCCACAAACAAAUAGAAAUCCAGCGUGCAACAGGGGAGUGGAUGAAUGAGUUCAUCCGUCGGCCAAGUCGUCGGCGAGAUAAUAAAGUGUAUGUUCCCCCGGCUGAUGUGGUCAAGAGGUCGCUCAUCAAGAGGUCAUGGACCAUUUCCAGAUUCGAUCUUCGAGAGGACGGCACAAGACCAAGAGUUUGCCCUCCAUGUCCACCAAGUGGAGGGCGAACGUCACCUGAAUUCCGAGCACAUGCCAGUCGUCCGGUCGUCACACCAAGGAGACCGCCCAGGGGAUCUCACCCUCCCACAGACGAGAACGAGCCCCCAUGGGAUGCCCCCCUGUACCCAACUCGGGGGGCAUAUCCAAGACGCUAUAGUAUGAGUAGUUUUGAUGGUGUACCUUCUAGUUCACGUCCUUUGAAGGGCCCUGCACCUCUCCCACCUCAAGAACACAAUUACCAAGGGGCUUCUAGUCCCUGCAGCAGUCCCCAGAGGUACUCGUCGCCUGGCGAUUCCCCAGUGGCACCUGCCCGUCGGCGCCUGCUGCCAGAUUUACCUCAACAGCCUACCCGAGCCCCUCCUUCCAAACCCCUGCGUCCUUCUACGUUACCUCGCAAGUUGAAGGAACGUGAAUCCAGGGACACUAGUCGCCAUUCCCCCCCUCCGUCAUUCUGCGACGACCCCAACAGGUUCCAUUCCAUGCCCCGCACCAGGGCACGUUCCCCUAGUGGCCAAGGGCGAGGUCGCUCUGAACCACCACACCGUGCUCACUCGCCCGUCAUGCCCCUGAAGGCAAACACUGCCCUUGGGGGCUACAUUAGCUCCGGGCCGGUGACCAGCACCCCUAUUAAGCAUGACCCAGGGCUCCACAACAACGUGGCGGCGAGAGAAAGCACCCCCCCAACACCGGCCCCCAGAGAUCUGUCAAGACCCCCUGCCAACGGCAGACCCCCUGACCAAGUGACACCCACCAAUUCCACGUCGUCGUCGUCUUCCACCUCCUCUUCGUCCUCUUCCCUUCGGAAGAUUCCGCAGCUUUCCUCUCCAGCGGGAAACCCGCCCUCUCGUCCUGAGAGUGAGGGUAGCGUAUACACCCCCAAAAUUCUUAUGCACCGCAUUGAGGUUGAAGGAGGUAGCCUCGGGAGACCCACCCGAAGAAGGGAUGGCGGUGACAUCAGUCGAACCAGUUCACUAGAGGUCGAGACUCACCUCAUGAACCAUAAGAACCGCAUCGCCAUCUCUCGCCCGGACUCUGGUGUAAGUGGGUCUUCCCGGGGCGGGACUUCCGACAACAGCGAUUACGACGGCGAUGGCACGAAUAGCUUCCAUAAGGUCAUGGGUGGACCUCGGUCCCGGCAGGCAGCUUCUCCCGCGGGACUCACAUCAGGCUAUGCCACGACGGGUCGCCGCCUUACCAAGCCCACGCAGAACAUUGCCUCCGUCAGGAGGAGUCGAUCUUUUCAAGUGGGCUCUCGUCGUUUCGAGGACGAGUUCUCCUCCAGGUCGUCUCCUCCUCCUCUUCCACCGAAGGACUCUCUCUCAGGGCAAGUGGCCCGAUACGUCAAGGAGUUGGAAAAAGGAAUACAGAUGACAGUGGAGAACAUGAAGCCCAUAAAGAAGCCUCCUUUACCUCCGGGUGACCCGUCCCAGAGGGUCCUCCACCUCUCUAAGGACUCUCAUCCCGUAGGGCGUAGCCGAAGCCUCGGAAGGAGACAGAAUAAUAAACCACACAGCGGAAGUUCACCGAGUGACACCAGUGAUACCGGGAACUCUAAGAUGGAUUUCGACGAUCGCUCGACAUUGCCCCAUUCCGAUCACUCGUCCUCGAACAAUCGACACUCGGACACGGCUUCUGACAUCGUCCUCGACAACGAGAAAAUCGUCCCGGGAGGCGACGAUUAUAAGAUCGUCUUUAUCAGCUCUGACUCUUCGAAAGAUUCCGAACUGAACUCGUCCAUCGACUCGGACAACUCCGGGUCCCCCUCCAGACGAGUGUCGAGUGUCAAUACCAUCAAUGACUCUGACACAGCCGGUUUCAUCGACGAGAGCGACUGGGACUACUUUGAGUCGGAAUCCCAAGCCGGGAGGAGAAGGAAAAACAAUACUGUUAUGAAGAACAACUCGCACAACAAUAACAAAAACAACAACAGCAAUGUCACCGGUGCCCCUAGAGUGAUUAUCCCGACUCGAGUGGAUGCGUGUGUCAUGACGGAGGGCGAGUACUUGAGUGGCAGCGCUUCCGAGGGCGAGGAGAGCGAAAUGGAGUCGCCCUCGGUUCAAGACACUUCCCUUCACCUUUCUUUGCGAGUGCCAUCCCCGGACCUGACACCUUGCCACCAAAGAGACGACAGUGGUGUGAGUAAUGCCACCACCGAGAGUCAGGAACUGCAGGUGUCUUUUGAUGGCAACACGACGCCCGUCAAGGACCCCACGGACGACCGCCCCUCCUCAUCCUCGCCUCCGCCUCUCCUUCCAACGUUGAGAUCGCUGGACUCUGCGGAAUUGCAUGCCAUGUUGCGCCAGACAGAGGCUGUGCAAGCUGAAGCUCAAGCUUUGCAAGCAGCACUCAUGGGAGCGUUUACCCCUCCCGAGGGCGUACUCAGUGCCAUCCCAGGAGGUGGGCGGUGGUUUGCCCGGGGCGACUCCACCCGAAGUUCAGCCGAAAGGUCCGUUGGAGAAUUGUCGUGUCACGAUCAGGUAAGGGCAUUGGGAGUCCAUACUCCUCAGGAAUCUACCGCGCUAAGGGAGUACCGCAAGCGGGUGCUUACUGAAAUUCAAAACUACUACGGCGUCAGCAGUGAUAUGUCAGGAGCAGGGAGUGGGGGAGGGCGUGCUGUUGGUGGUGCCCAUCCCGCCCAUGUAAAGCCACGCCCAGAUUGGCACUCAUAUAGGGCUCAACACCACCCGAGCCAGAUUUCAACAGCGAGUGCUCCUAAAGUCUUAUCACCUUUAUCAUAUCAAUCGCGUCAUGCAGAUAAGAGAGUGCCAGGGUCACACGACAAUGCUGGCACUGUUCAUAGUCGUAGCAAGAGCGUGCCUUCGUCAGGUUGUGUCAGCAAUAUUCGUCAUAAAGGAAGUAGAGAUAUUUGCAUACAGACUGACCCAGACCCCGGUGGACUGGUCAGUCCUACUGAUGAUGAUGAUGGCGAUUCUUCAACACCUGAACGUAUAGGUUCUACGCCUUCCACACCGGGCGCGCCUCCCAGAGACAUUAUGGUCGGCAGCAGAACGCAGAGGGAUACAACGGCAGCCAAGGUGUCUAGGCUGGUGGAAAGGAUACCCACAGGAACGCAGGGAUUCACAAGACCCUCCGGCCAUAGUGUUGGCGGAGGUGGUGGUGUUCGAGACGGCGUUGGCCACUUCGGCAGUGUUGGUCUUGGGUUUAGGGAACGAGGGGUCGGAGGAGGAGGCGGAGGAGGAGGAGGAGGGGGAGACGAUGUUGGCCCCUCUCCCUUGCCCCACCCCCCAUCUAUCCACCUGCACCUCACGCUCAGCCGCGAGACCUCAGUCGCACACCCGUCCGACUCUGAGACGGAUGAAAAGCUCUUGGAUACGAGUUCUUGUGUGAGUAGUGAUUUCGGUGGCGAAUCCGCGAGUGAUUUCGAGUACCAGAAAGACGCGAGUGAACGGUGGAGGAGGACCAGAGUGAAGCAAGAGAGCCAAGGGGUUGAUCAUGGUACCGCGGGAAGAGGAAGCCAGGUAACAAAGAAGGCACAGCAUAAGGAGGCGAAGGAGCAUGGCGGCGGAGGACAGGGGGAGGAGGAGGCGCCUCUGUGCCCCCGCAUAACUGCUGCUGCUGCUGCUGCUGCUGUUCUGGCCACCACCACCACCACAAAUACGAACGCACAACCACCCACCACCCACAACACACGCCCACACCCACCUCAGCCCGCCCCUAGAAAAACCAUGAGUGCCCUUCGCCCACAACUCCCUUCCCACCCCUCCCUUCAUCAACCUCCUCCGCCUCAUCUUCAAGAAGAUGGCGGUGAUCUCGAUGCCCUUGAAGGAAUAAUCCCACUCAUGGAAACGUCUCAGUCGGAUUCCUCACUCCCUCUCGUCCUCGAGGAGGCAGUUCCUCAGGAGGAGGAGGAGGAGGAAGAGCACACGUCGGCCUCGAGUAACACCAGCGAAGAUGAGGACACAGACGAAGAUGUCCACGUUUCCCGUAGCUAUAAUAUUUGCGGUGCUGACGAAGGCGAUAAAGACAAAGACAGCGAGGUCGAAAACCUACCCGAGGACGAGGUGCCCAGCCACUUGGAGGCCGAGAAUCGAGGGGAUUCCUCGGCUUCGAGUGGCAGUGAUGACACUGACGAUGAAAAGCACGUCAGUAAGGAGUACAGGCUGACGAAGUCAUCCUCCACGGAAUCGACCUCAGAGGAGAACGUCCUCGAGGGAGAGGGAGAAGAGGUUGAUCAAAAUUCCUGUCUGGGGGAGGGUCCCGAGGAUGAGGAGGAAGUUAAGGGCGAAGCUGGCAGUGAUAGUCUGGUUAUGAAUGUUGAUGAGUCAGUAGUGAAAGAUGACGAAGAGGUGAAUAAUCAAGUGUUAUCUGAUCUCAUAAUAAAUAAUAAUAAUAAUAAUUUUAGCAAUAAUAUUGUAACAGAAACUGUAAGUAGUAAUAAUAUUAGUGAUAAUAAUAGUUAUAAUAGUUGUAAUAAUACACCGUUGCCUAAUGAAAUAUGUGAAACCUUAGCAGUGAGUGAUAAAGCUGAGGAAGAACAAAGCGAAAAGGGAGAGGAAAAAAUAAGAGAAACGGAAGAUAGCAAUGCAAAAUCCAACCCGUCCAGUGAAAUCGGUGAUAAUCGACGACAACAACAAGAGUGCGAGACAGUUGCCAUUGAUCGCCAGAAUCUUGAUCUCAGUGAUAGGGGAAUUAAUGUUGACAGUUCUUCAUUGAACGGUGCUGGUGAAGGAGGUGAUGGUGUUGGGGAUAGUCAGGUAGUGUUGGAGGAUGGUUCAGUAAGUGAAGAAGGUGAAGUAGUAGAAAAACAUGAUCUAGAAAGUACUAGUGAGAGUAUUGGUAAAGAAAGUAAAAGUGAAAUGAAAUUGAAUGAAAUAAACACGAAUAAGGAUGAAAGUGUUGGUGCUGAAGUUAACGAGACCGUAGAAUUGAGCGAAAAUGGAGGAGAAGCAGAAAAAGGCGAAAAUAAGCACGGGGAUGUUGAAAAGACUGCAGAAACAACUGAUGAUGAAGAAGAAAAAGAAUCCGUCCAUGAAAAAGUCGAGGAAACCAUUUUACCUUCAGAGGAAACCAGUGAUCUCAAUGCCAAUGCAAGCGAUUCUCUCGAGAUCACGGCAGCUGGCGAUGUUGCAGUUAUUACGGAAUCACUCACUGAGGAUUCCCCGGAUGGUGAUCAAACCUCAGGGUCACCCAGGGGGGGGGAGGAGAAAACCUCUCAUGACGAGACCCAGGUCGGCAAAGAACCGAAGGAGGGUGAUGUCGCUGACGCUGUGUUAAGCAAAGACAUUGCCCCAGAGGUAAGUGAAGGUUUAGAUGAUAAGGAGUGCCAGGUAGUUCCAGAGGGCACUGGGCAUGUUGGUGAGAGUGACCACCCGAUCUCGCAAGAAAGUGAAGGGCUGUCUGUAAAUGAUGCUGAAAGUAGAGAGGCAGCAGCAGCAGUCAGCGCAGAGGGAGAGAACCACGAAUGUACUGGUGGCACCAGCAGUGCCGACGCCGGAAGUGCACAAGUGGAACAGAGUGAAGGUGGGGGAACGGAGCACACUUCAGUAACACAUAGUGAACCGGGGGAUGAACACGUGCCGUUGCAGCCUCCUCCUCCUCCUCCUCCUCUUCCGACGGGCGACGACCCUGCCUCUGUUACCGCAGCAGCUGUGCCCUCCUCUCCUGAUCCUGUCGAUACAGGACCGGAGGAUAUCGAUUCCACCUUGGAAGAAGUAGAUUCGACUGUGAUAGAAAACGGCGAGGAACGGUUGAAGGAAGGAGAAAAUAGCGCCGUGGGAGGGGAAUCCAGCGAGUCCGGUCACUCGAGUGCGGGAGAGAGUGAAGUCGAAGGGGACGACCCAGCGAAUGUCGUGAAAAUUAGUGUGACAGAACAAGAACAGGACGGCGAUGGUGUCAGUAUUCCCGUGAGUGUUUUAGACGGUGAAGGUGUUAGACAGGAGGUGACCAGGUUUGCAGUUAGAAGGGUCAGAUCGCCUGAAGUGACGUCACGACGUACUCCACCUGUGCCCUCCCGACGGACGAAGCGUUCUUCUUCCUCCGACGGGGUUUCGUCAUCCUCUGAUAUCGAGCGAUCUGACGCAGAUGCCAGCGAUUCCGCAGAUACCGUCGUAGAAGGAGGGAAGUUGCACACGGAAUUGCGCAGGUUCGCAUUACAACAGCGUAUUCACGACCACGACGAUAAGAGUCGUGACUCCGACGGACCUUCUUCGGCAGACUCUGUGCUUCAUGGUGCUGAUAGCGAAUCUCAGUGUUCGGAUAAUAGUGAGGAAGGAAAUUUGGUGUCUAUAGUGUCCGUCGGAGACGACGAUGAUCACACAACUCGUCUCUCAUCUCAUGGUAGGAUCUACAUCAGGUCAGAUUCGACGGAUUCCGACGUACAAAUCAAACCAACAUGUAUAGUUGUCACAGGGUCGUCGGGCGCAGAAUCAGGAGAUGACGGCGAAGGUGACACCAGGAACCACCGCAAUAUAAAAAAUGGAGGAAACGAUGUCACUAUCUUGGAGGUGACUAGUGACGGCCGAUGUGGCCACGUCAUGUCAGUUCACGUGACAAGUCCUGACUCCUCCAGGAGCGCCUCUCCUGCCAGGAGGAGUCAGGUGAGUGAAUUACAGUCAAUGAUUCUCACUACCAGAGAAAAGCAGUCGCAGUUCCGCCGCUCUCCCACUGAAUUAAAAGAAAGUUCGUCGAGUUUGGCGAACUAUUUCACUCGUACUCUCGGCACAGACUCGCCUCACGCCCCUAGACGUCUCAACAAGACACCCGAAAUUAGAAGACGCAAGAUUGAUCGCACUGAAACGGUAGACUCUCCUGCCACUACCAGUCCGUCCAGCCCUGCGGCAACUCCGGAUCACUCCGAAGGGGAUCUGUUGGCGUACGAGGAGAAUCAUGGCAUUAAUAUUGAAGACGAAUAUCCUAUACCUCAUGAUUAUGACUCGGGAGAAGACGCUGAAAGGGGCGUGUCGUUUCCUGAUGAAACUGAGCUCUUUAAUGACGACGUUUCUUUCGAUGACACGAGACACGAAUUCCCAGAAGGUGAUGACUACGAAGGCGACUUGUAUGUCGAUCAGGAUGUUGAGGGGCGUUUUGAUUCUAUCGAAGAUGGUGAAUCUAUCAACAGUGAGUCCAAUUAUAGUGAAUCUUCAGGAGAUGAGAUUAUGGAGAGGGAGGACGAACUGAGGGGAUACUGCAACAGAGCCAUUGAUUUCACGCUUCACACGAUCAUAGAAGAGAGCUGCGAAGAAAGUGACUACGAAAGAAAGACCAAAGAAGAAGAAGGCGCACAUGCUGACCCGUCAGAACUUGAAAAGUAUUUCUAUUUUGGUCUUGGAAAUGGUCCGGCAGACCCCAAAAGGUUUGCUAACGAAGAGAGCGAGUACAGCGACACCUUUUCCGAAACGUCCAGUUCCAUAUUUAGUGAAGGGGUAGACGUUGAUCCCAAAUAUGACGAGGACAUCGAUCCUGCUGAACUGGCCUCUUCAAGACUAGAGAAAUACUUCCUUACUGGACUGAUAGGGUUCGAACGUCAGCCUUCAAUAAGAUCUGUUGGGGAAGACUCUGAACUGCACACGGAUGAAAGUGGCUCUGUUGGCAGUGACUCUGAAGGGUCACCCAGCCCUGAGCAGCCAAGAAAAAAGCUCGUAAGAAGACCACGGGGAUUUCGGCCCGGCGUCGCCAAUAGGGGCCUGGUGACGUCCGAUCGGGGGGAUGGGGCCCCUAGUGAUGGUUCUCAUCACUCUGAAGGAGAUGAAGUGGACAGGACUUUAGUCAGUGGAGAAGACGAGGGGUCCACUGAAUCUGAAGAGACCGCCUUUGACAAGGGCGAUGGGCAGUUUGACACCAUCAAAAGACGCAAGAAGAAGAAGAGCUCUAGUGACUAUUCUGAUAAAAGAUCUGAUAGUGAUAAGAGCGAGCUCAGAGGGUUAGAACAUCUUGAAUUAGAACAUAAGGAAGAUAUCUGUGAUCUGAAAAAUGCCGAAACACUAAAAUCUCUGAUGGAUCAAGAAAAGAUCGCCAAACGUGUAACAAUAGACUGUGACAAAGAUAAAAGUGAUGAAAAACUGGAUAAGGAAGGUGAUUUAUCAGACAGAAAAUACCAAAGUCGAGACAGUGGAUUCAUUGGUAGCUCAGAUGACUUACUUAAAGACAAACCAGAGGAUGGUUUUAAAGACCAGAAAGCUCGCUCCUCCUCUGAAUCGAGCACAGAAGACCUCGAUAAUUUAAAGAGAAAGGAUGAGAAACACGAAAUGACCAAGAAUGAGGAGAAUAAAAGUGAUAGUUUUGAUAAUGACAGUAAUAACAACAAAUCAGAGAACGAAGACAGAAGCAGUGGCGAAGGGAAAGUCUCAAGAUCAAGUACAGGUUCUUCGGUGGACCUUCCGCCCUUUUCUAACAAGGCCAGGAGUAAAAUUUGUCGGAAAGAUUCAUUCAACAAUUGGAGUUCGGAUGAGGAAACGAAUAUGAUGAUGAAUAAGAUGCGCGCCUUUUUCAAAACGAUGAUCUCAAACACAAGAGAGGCACCGAAAGGGCAACGAGUGAAACCCCCUCAGCUUGUUGCUUUCGAGGCGAAAUUGACGAAUUUGAUGAAAACUGUCCCCGGGAUCAAUGAUGAGCAGGUGAAGGAGAUUGUCGAGUACCUGAGCUCGGAAGACACCUGGAGCGAUUCCUAUGACUCUUCAGAUUACACCAGCAGUGAUUUGGAAGGCGCUUAUGCUCUUCUCGACCAAGCAGACCCAGAAAUGAAGAGUGACCUCAGAGAACAGAUAUCAGCAUCUUGUAAGCAGAUCAUCCAAAAGUUUGACCAAAGCCGGGAACCCAGUGACACAGACAGUGCUCAUUCCUUAUUUGGGGGGAGAGCUUAUUCUGAAAGUUCGGAAGAUGCUUCUCCGUCCAGCAAAGAUGCGGAGUUUAUGUAUAAUCGCCUCAUGUCAUCCAUAUCCCACUUGAAACCUGACAGUGAUCGUGGAAGCAUAGGCUCUGGGUCACAGGGGGCGUCACCCCCUCUCCUAGCCAAAGUCAUGCAUCAUAUUGGCAACAGACUCGUUGCUCUCAUGCAUGAGGUGUCUGGUGGGAGUGAAAACGGCGACGAAGAUACUCUCAGUUUAGGCCAUCCAGCAACAUCGAGUCCCAAAGUUCCUCUUUUUAAGCCCCGAAAACACAAGUCAGUGGAUUCCAUAUCUCUCGACUCCUCGAUCGAAAAGAGCUCACUAACAAGUACAAGUUUCGAAUCUGAGGACAGUCCCACGGACACUGAACAGUCACCCGAGUCUGAUCCCGGAACACCUAAAGCUCGUAAACGUUUAGAUCCCCUUUCUGUGAUCAGUGAACGCUCAUCUGCAGAGGACUUCACCUCUCUAGAAAGUCAGCGUACAGUUUUUGCUUCUCACGACUCUCCUAGACAUCAGACACGCCUCGAUGCCACACACACGCAUCAGACAACGGCGUCUCAAAGAAGCUUAGAGGAAAGGGGCGUCACGAAUAUUCAGUACUUUGUCACCGAAGGUAGCAAUAACGAAGUGGAAGUGUGGCAAAGCGUGACGAUUGACGAAGAUAAAUUUGACGCAAGGGAACACCACGGUGUCCCACGUGCCAGGCGCAGCGCCCGUCGCCAGGAAACCAGGAAGGCGAAGUCUCACAUGAGUCUAGAGAAGAUUCAUCAAGAGGAAGUCAAAAAUACUGGGGAGAGAUCCGAGUCGCUUGGUGAUCUUCUAGACCGCGUCCGUUCGUCCGAAUUCUCUAGUAGUUACGAGCAGUUGGACUCAGAUUCCACUUUAAAAGCAUCAGAUUCCCUAGAUCGUCAUAUUGGCAGCAGUUCUUCCAACAUCCGCCUGAACGCUUCCAGCAGGGGCUCUCUUACCACAAGCAGUAGAGGAAGCCUGGCAGCAUCUAGUCGGGGUUCUCUCAAUGCUGGGUCACGGGGUUCCUUGCAGGGAUCGUCAGGUCCUGAAGAAGAAGAGGAAAAGAAAUCGAAAAAGUUGAGCUUCUUCCGAUAUGCUCGGAGGUCCUCCAUGCCAGACACCAGCAAGGACAACAUGUCCCCCGAAGUUCGCUCUACCACUUUGCCCAGAUCGAACCCGACGCAGGUGGCAUCGACAGCCUCUCUUCCAAGAUCUCAGUCGGCCCUCUUCAACAAGACGAUGCCUUCUAUCACCUCCACCCAAACAGCUUAUUCCUCUCCGCCCUCCACCUUCGACCGCCUGGCGGGCGUCUCUUCGGCGACUGGACCUCGGUCUGCGCGAUACCACGCCCCUGGAUAUAAACCACCGCCGCCUCCUGCCACCCCCAAAAAGACUAUUUCGUCUAGCCUCCCAGCCUCCCUCAGGAAAGAUUUGGUGAGCAGCUGGGCACCGCAAGAUGAGUCGACGGGUAGCCUGGAGGAGGGCAUCGGGCAGAAGAGUGGGUCGCCCUCUCCUCUCGUUGGCUCCGUCGGGCGAACCUCCGGGAGGGAGUCGGCGGGCUCUCUGGCCUCCUCCACCGACAAUUCCACCGUCACCCACCCUGACGAAGACAUCGAACGCCUCAUGCAAAUCAGCGAGAAGAAAAGGAACUCCCUCACCCCCCUUGGAUCUCGGAGCGAAAGCAUGGCUUCGGUCUGUUCUGCUGGCGCUGAAGGACGGUAUGGCACUGUGGUCAUCAAGGGCGAGAUAGAACUCGGCCUCCAGUACAAUUACAAAGAGGGCCACCUAGAGUGUCACGUCGUACAGUGCCGCGACUUGGCCGCCGUAGACACUAAGAGGAACAGAUCUGACCCGUACGUCAAAGUCUAUUUGCUUCCGGACAAAUCCAAGAGUGGUAAGAGGAAGACGAAGGUAAAGAAGCACACUCUCAAUCCGGUUUUCGAGGAGGUUCUUAAGUUUAGCACAGCGUCGGUAAGUGAACUGAAUUCGCGGACACUAUCUGUCUCUGUAUGGCACAGUGAUAUGUUCGGCCGAAACGAUUUCCUGGGUGAAGUUAUCAUUGCUCUGGCAGGCACAGUGUUUGAUGACGUCACUCCCAAAUGGUAUCCUCUUCAAGAUCGGACAGAACCAAUGGAGGACAUGAGCUACAGCCCAAAAGGUGACCUCAUCAUAGCACUGAAAUUUGUGCCUCCGGAUGCUGUCAGUAGUCGAAAAGCAAGAAGAUCCCGCGGUGCUCUCCAUGUUCUAGUGAAAGAGGCUAAGAGCCUUGCAGCAGCAAGACCUCAUGGCACUGCGGAUCCAGUCUGUAAAGGGUUGCUCCUUCCAGAGAAGGGCAAAUCCUCCAAACAGAAGACCAGUGUGUGUAGGAAGACCUUAAAUCCCACAUGGAACCACACAUUAGUGUUUGAAGACACAAGCUUGCAGGAAUUAACUGAAAGAGCCCUAGAACUCUCAGUGUGGGACCACGAUCGUCUUGGGACUUCACAGUUCUUAGGGGGCUGCCGGUUAAGUUUGGGAAAGGGUAAACAUGGAGGCCGGCCUGUGGAGUGGAUGGAGGCAGCUGGCAUGGAAGUUAAACUCUGGGAACAAAUGCUGGAACGCCCUAACCUGUGGGUAGAGGGCUCCAUAAUGCUCCGACCUACCAUGGAUAAGCCUAUUUACUCAUCAUCUAUGACUGAAUAGAUUAUUUGAACUAAAAGAGCAUUAAUUUUUUAGAUAUUUCACACAAAACAUUGGGUGCUUUAUAUAUUUGAGAUAACUGUAAAGUUUCUUCUUUUCUGUGAGUUUUCCUCGAGGUUUAUUACCAGUUAUAAAUUCCUUUUUGUCAUUUGAAUUGCCCAGUUGAAGUUCCAUAUGAAUUUACUACAUUCCAUUAGUAAAUAAACUCUUAGAAUUUUAGGCAGCAUUUACCACACAGGAACUCCUGCACUAUAAUAAUAAAGACAUUUAAUGGCUUAUGAUAAUAAUCCAUAGCCCCAACGUACUUAUAGAUCUAUCAAUGCAUCUUUUACAUUCCUGGUAAUUUGUUCUUAAAAUAUUAAAUUCAUGUUCCUAAUUAUUUAAAUUUUUUAAGGAAGGUAAUGAUAAUUCCUGUAAUGCUGAAGAUGAAGUCAUUACCUACUACUAUUAUGUUAACUUAGUUAGGUAUCAGUCUUCACUUUUGCCUAUGGACAUACAAAUGGUGGCAUGGCUUGUACCAAAGACUGUUUUGAAAACAACGAGUCAAAGGCCAAUAUGCAAUGGCCAUCUUUUUGAGGUUACUAAAGAAGAGACAAACCAAAGUAGAUAUCUCACUUGUACCCUCAUGCUAUCACAGUUUCUCCUUUUGAUUCUACAUAAUAAAUAAACUGUCGUGUACUCUGGCAAACUCAGGAAUAUCAAGUUCCAAAUGUCUGUAGAGAGAGGGUUUCAGUUAAAACUCGAAAGAUGAUUUCAACGCACCAAGAAUUUGUCCAUUUUAUCUUUGAAGAGAAUACAUCUUUGUUAAUAGAAAAACUUUUUCCAGAAUGCUUGAUAUUUUUUUAUAUUUGGGAAAUGGUGCUGUAGUUACAGUUGUGAUCCUAUGGAGAGGAUUCAUAAAGGUAAAAAUAUGUAAUAAUCUGGUCACAUAUAUAGUCUGUGCAAUAGCUGUUUUUAGUGGUUCUCUUCUUUAUGUUUGACUCCAUAAUUCAUUGCUGGAGGUGCUGCACAUAUGAUCUCUGGUUUCAGUAACAUAAAAAUAAUGUUUUGUUAUUCUGUUCAGCACAAAGAUGUAAUAUUUUUAUAUAUUAAGAGAUAUGAAUCUUAAUUUGUAGUUUUUAAAGGCCAUUAUUUUAUUACAUGGAUAUCGCGGAAAUGUUUUCCAUGUCUUGAGAUUAAAAAUUAUAUAUAAAAAUAAAUUUAUGUAUAAAAAAUAGUACAGUAUUUGAUGUUUCAAAGAUCAAUAGCUAUUUUUAUAAAUAUUGUAUUAUCCUGUAUUGUCUGAUAGCACUAUUAUUUUUUAUUAUUGGUACUGAACCCAAAGUGAUCAAAACACAAUAGCAGGAAUAUUGUAGUGCUAUCACUGAAAUACAUCAGUGAAAAUUUUUCUUAAUGCCAUAUAACUAAAUUCUGGGGGAAGGCUUAUUGAAAAAGAUGCUAGUUUUUGGUCCAAUUAGAUUAGUUCUCUAAUUUCCCAAAAGUUAUUUUGCUAGACAAUAAAACCCAUAACAGACCUCAAAAGGCAAGACUAUUUUUGUUUGUUCACUGUCAAAAAAAGGUAAAAAGUAUAAAAAAAAUUAAGUUACAGUGCCAAUCAGGAAAUGCUGGUAUAUGAUUUAUAAUUUAUCUUGAAUUUGUACCUAGUACUCAUGUAUGUAAAGAUGUAUGCAAGUUUGUAUAAAUAGUUUUAGGAGUGAUGAGAAAAUCUUUUGUUAUAGUGAGAGUUACUGAUCUUUUAUGUAAAAAGUACGGUAACUAUUAAUUUUAUUUUUCUCUUUUUGUGCCAAGGGAACAAUGAAGUAUUUUGCAGCAAUGCCUCCACUGACACAGAAACACAGAUUUAGACUAUGGAUCUUUAACAUAUCUAUAUAAAUCUAUAUAUAUAUAUAUAUAUGCAGUAUAUAUAUAAAUAUUUCAAGCCUCUUCUAGUAUGCUAAGCACUGUAAGUAGAAUAUGUAAUGUUUAAAAUAUAUUGUAUGAUAUUUUUGAUGAUUAGCAUUAUGUUGAGGCCCAGAGAUAAUUAUUGUAAAAUGGACGUAAACCCUUUAUUGUGGAUGGGAAUCAAAGUUUUAAGAUACAUUACAAUCCCCCUCGCUAGAAGGACUAAUACUGCUUUACUGUAUUAUAAAGGAUUUAGUCCUGUUCCCUAUUCUCUUGUUGUUUUCUCACAUAUGUAACUUAAAAUAGAGCUUUAUCAUGUUUAAUAAAAUAUUAUGAAAAUUU